GGAGAUUAUUGCAGACCUGAACUCGACCAAAAAAGUAGAGCUUUACCUUCAGUCUUUUCUGCAAGUUGGAAACUUCUUCACGACCCAGUCACACUAUGCGUCCACUGAACGACAGUGACUUCAUGGAUGCGCAGGACGUGGACAGAGACGAGAUUUUAGCCAAGGUGGAGAUCGCCCUGCUCAGCAUUAUCUUCGUCAGCGCCGCCAUCCUCAACACCACCCUGCUGUUCGUCCUCUGGACGCAGCGCAAACAGAUGUCCAGGAUGCGCGUCUUUGUCUUCCACCUGUGCCUGGCGGAUCUGGUGGUCGCUUUCUUUCAAGUAUGUCCGCAGCUCAUAUGGGACAUCACGGACAGAUUCGUCGGACCAGACCUGGUGUGCCGCCUUGUGAAGUACUUCCAAGUUUUCGGCAUGUUUUCAUCGACUUACAUGAUCGUGGUGAUGACAGUUGACAGGUACCAAGCCAUCUGCAACCCGAUGGUGAAGUUUCAGCGGACGCGCACUAGACUGAACCUCCCCGUGUGCAUCGCUUGGGGGAUUUCUCUGCUGGGCAGCUUGCCACAGGUUUUUAUUUUCUCACAGGUCGAGGUCGCACCCGGUGUGUUUGACUGCUGGGCUAAAUUUAUCCAGCCGUGGGGACUACAGACUUACAUAACCUGGACCACGCUGGUCAUUUUUAUUUUACCUCUUAUUACAGUUGUUGUCUGUCAAGUGCGCAUCUGUCGAGCAAUCCUGAUCAACCUGUACCAAAAGAUUCAACAACAGGGAAGCGUGGGUCUCCCUCUUCCAUCCAGGGCCAGUGGUGUAGCCGGGAUGUCCAAAGCCAGGGUGAAGACCCUGAAGAUGACGGUGGUCAUCGUGCUGGCUUAUAUUGUCUGCUGGGCACCUUUCUUCACUGUCCAGCUCUGGUCCGCCUGGGACACACAUGCGCCAAAAGAAACUGCGACUUUCACCAUCCUGAUGCUGUUGGCCAGUCUGAACAGCUGCGCCAAUCCCUGCAUUUACCUUCUGUUCAGCGGUCAGUUCCCCAACAGGCUGGUGACACUCGUGUGCCGGCGAAGGUCCGGCAAGGAUUCAGUGCACGAAGAGGCGACGGUGAUCAGCACGUUGUACAUGAGCUUCAAAAAUGUCUCUGAGUCCAAAUGAGGACCAUUAAGUAUAAUCUGGGAAAGGGAAAAAAACGCACGGAAGGGAACAAAGCUGCCUGCAGGCUCUGCUCUCUGCAUCUGUGUCCUCUAAACAGGAGAUACAGAGACAAGAUAUAAUGUAUCUAUCUGGGUCUCUGAUGUAUGAAAAUAUGGCUUGUCAUAAAAGCUUCCACCAAAAGCAAACCUGAAAUGGGCGGCCAGUGAGUGAGAACUGCGCUCCAGAUGUUGUUGGAUGUGUUUUGUUGGGGCUGUAUAGGGUCAGUGCUCUUUUGUGGAAGUACAGACAACUGAUGUGGACCAUGUCAGCACAUUGUUAUGACGGUGACAGUUUUGAUGUGAUAUAAAAUGUUCCUUUAAUAGAAGAUGGACUUCAGGAACACUGAUUUCAGAUAUCAUGAUAAAUAAGAGCCCAAGAAAUCAGCGCUGUUGUUAUUUUGUGGACAACUGUGUGGCAUAAUGUGGACUUUUGCCCAAAUGCCAGCCACAGUCCUUUGAGCUGGGCUCAGAGACCUUGAGGUACAACUGCAAAAGACGAUAACAGAGAGGGGAAAACAGACAUAUGAGUUCAUGAAAUGCAAUAUGUACUGUUGUAACAUAAAUGCAUUUAAAGACUGUGUAAAGAUUGUCACUUCUAUAAAUGUUUACGUGAGUAUUUGUGAAGUCGUGUUCAGGCUGUGGUGCUCAAGUGUGGAAUAAAGUCGUAUUCACACAACUGCUUCUCUUUUUUACUUGUGUCUAAGUACAUAUAAUACACAGUGUGUUUCAAAGUUAGAGCAUAAUUAUUAUCAAAAUAUAUUAUACAAAAGUAGUUUGCAAUGAGCCACCUGGACCCAUUUAGUCUAAGACUGGAGGAGCACAUUGUUGUCUACAUUUUGUAUUCCAGCUGACGGUAUGCAAUGGAAAACACAUUACCCUGAUAUAAACCUGGUGUCUGCCAUACAUUGCAUGUGGACGAUCUGCUGAUCAACAGAGGAUGAAGGAUUUUCACACUGAAGGAGCAACAUACCAGAGUCUGACGCAGCCUGAAAAAAUAUUACACAUGCACACAGUGUACAUACACAGUAUGUGCCUCUUUUUU